GGAGGUACUGCGCAGGCGCGGGACCUGGCGCAGGCGCAGACUCAGCCGGCGGCGGUUGGCGGCGCGUGGGGCCGGCGGGCGGCUGCGGUGAGAACUUGAACGCAGGCAGGGAGAGCUGCCGCCAUGGUGGAGAAGGAGGAAGCUGGCGGCGGCAUCAGCGAGGAGGAGGCCGCGCAGUAUGACCGGCAGAUUCGUCUCUGGGGACUGGAGGCCCAGAAACGGCUGCGGGCCUCCCGUGUGCUUCUGGUCGGCAUGAAAGGACUCGGGGCUGAAAUUGCCAAGAAUCUCAUCCUGGCGGGGGUGAAAGGAUUGACCAUGCUGGACCAUGAGCAGGUAUCUCCAGAAGACCCCGGAGCUCAGUUCCUGAUCCGUACUGGCUCUGUUGGCCGAAACAGGGCUGAAGCCUCUUUAGAACGAGCCCAGAAUCUCAACCCCAUGGUGGAUGUGAAAGUGGACACUGAGAAUAUAGAAAAGAAGCCCGAGUUGUUUUUCACUCAAUAUGAUGCUGUAUGUCUGACUUGCUGCUCCAGGGAUGUCAUAGUUAAAGUUGACCAGAUCUGUCACAAAAAUAGCAUCAAGUUUUUUACAGGAGAUGUUUUUGGCUACCAUGGAUACACAUUUGCCAAUCUUGGAGAGCAUGAAUUUGUAGAGGAGAAAACCAAAGUUGCCAAAGUUAGCCAAGGAGUAGAAGAUGGGCCUGAUACCAAGAAAGCAAAACUUGACUCAUCCGAGACAACCAUGGUCAAAAAGAAGGAGGUCUUCUGCCCCAUUAAGGACGCGCUGGAGGUGGACUGGAGCGGGAACAAGGCAGAGGCAGCUCUGAAGCGCACAACCUCCGAUUACUUCCUCCUCCAAGUGCUCCUGAAGUUCCGUACAGAUAAAGGAAGAGAUCCUAGCUCCGAUACCUUUGGAGAAGAUUCUGAGCUGUUGCUCCAGAUUCGGAACGAUGUGCUUGAGUCCCUGGGGGUGAGCCCUGACUUGCUUCCCGAAGACUUUGUCAGGGGAAAAACUUUCAACCUUUCAUCAUGGAGGAUGAGAGCGAACUCUGGAUUUUUCAUAGAUGCCCUUUAUCAGGUACUGCUUCUCCGAGAUGGCCCCAGUGUGUGCAGUGGUUGGAGGGAUCCUGGCCCAGGAAAUUGUGAAGGCUUUGUCUCAAAGGGACCCUCCUCACAACAACUUCUUCUUUUUUGAUGGUGUGAAGGGGAGUGGGGUUGUGGAGUGCCUUGGCCCCAAGUGAACCCAGGACUUGCAGCCCCGGAGACGCUGACCUGCAGCAUGCCUACGUGUGUUCCCCUGUCCCUGUCCCCCUACAAAGGCAUCUUCAGGCAAGGGAAGAGUGAAGGCGCUGGACCCGGACAAACUAUCUCCUGCGAGGUUGUGGGGACGUGCCUCUUCCGAGCACCAGCAGCUGCUAAACAAGGGACACAGGGCCUGCCUUCUCCAUCCCAGCUCUGUUCAGGACUGUGUGCAGCCCAAGCCCUGCCAGCUCCCCUAAAUGGCAAUCACCCGAAAGCCCCCUCCACUGCCUUUCUCUGUACUGGCGCUGUCACCACGCCCCAGCCCUCUGGGGCCCUGCGCGAGAUGCCUGCCGGGAGCCAGUGCACCUUGUUGCUUGGGAGCCUCUUGCCACUUUUUUGGACCUACUCCUCACCUGUUAUCAUACAGAGGAGCACGACUUCAGGUGGGGAAUGAGGCCCAAGCACGAUGCCACAACAGUGGAACCCGGUUCCAAGUGCCGACAGGUGCUCUUAGAGGAAAAAACAUGGCAGGUGGAAUGUAUUUCCUCCAGAGUUUGAGGUCUGAAAAACAACAGGUGCCACCUGGUGUGUGGUGCUUGAGUUUUAGUUUAGGAUUAGUUGGGUCCAGCCUGGAUUUUGGAUGAGGGGAAAUGUUACCAAGUCCUCUUGGGUAUUAGGGCAAGACCUUGCGCAUUGAAUAUUAAUGGGAAAAUUUGUAAAAAGGCAGAUUCCAGGGUCCCACCCCUGGCAAUUGUGAUGUAUGGGCCGAGUGAGGAUGGAGGGCCCGCCUUCUUCGCAGCCCCGUCACCGCUGCAGCGGAACAGCCCUGGGGCUGCGGCGCGUUGGGCUCAGGUCCCUCACUUACCCCUGGAAUCACAGAUGUCUGGGGUUUUUUUAUAUUUUCUGUACUUCCUUGGUUCUCUAAAAAGCAUUGAAUGAAAUAAAGUUAUUUGCUUUAGAGCUUG